AUGUCAGAGAACCAUAAGAGGAGCAGUGCAUUCCUUGCUGCUUCUAAUCAUUGGGGAAACGCGUCUAAAAAAUCUAAAAUAGAUGACUCUCCACAGCAAAGAGAUAACAAGAAGAACCAACAUGAUGUUCAAGAGAUUAUAGAAAUCACAUCCGAUGAUGAAUUAGUUGUCACACCCAAUCCCAAAGUUAAAAAGGUCUCUCAAAUAAAACUAUUACACAAUCCAAGUUAUGACCAUAGUGAUGAGAAUAAAAUAAAUAAAGAUACUGUUCUGAUAAGCAAUCUAAUAGGGACGAAAGAUUUAGAUGAAACCUUUCAAUUCAAUUUCAGUGUCGAUUUACCAUUCUUCUUGACUUUCUUACAUCCUGAUUUUUCUAAAAAGAAGAAAAAAUUGACAUUUAUCACUGGUUCGAAGCUAUUAGCUUCGGAUGAACCAGAACUCGAGUUUAUCAAAUCAAAAUUCAAUAUUUCUGAAGUUAUUGCUGACAUACCGAAUAGAUUUGGUACUCAUCAUACAAAAAUGAUGAUAAACUUCUUUGAAGAUAAUACUUGUGAGGUGGUUAUUAUGACAUCCAAUAUAACCAAACUUGAUUUUGGUGGAUUGACACAGAUGGUUUGGAGAUCAGGUAGACUAAACAAGUUGGUCAAUAAAGCAAAGCCUUUAGAUAAAGGCACCAGGUUUCAGAAAGAUUUGAUUUCUUACUUAUUAAAAUACAGAAAAGCCACAGUUGAUCUGUUGGUAUCAAAACUAAAGCUUUAUGAUUUCCUGCCAGUAACAGUGGAAUUAGUUGCAUCAGCCCCUGGCGAAUACACAACUAGCAGCUACAAAUCUGAAGAUAUAUAUGGGUUCGGAAGACUCUUAAAGGUAUUAGAGAGGAAUAACCUAUUGGUAGACAACCGAGACGGUACAAAAUUUUAUAAUUUCAUAGCACAAGUGACAUCUAUUUCAUACCCCUACACAGUAACAAAGACAGGGACUUCAUCUAUUUUCUCACAUGUUUUAUGUCCUUUAAUAUUUUCAGGUAACCAAGGAUUUAAGCCUUUGGAAUCUGGAGCUGAUUCAUUCAAAGCUCAUCAGAAGAACAACUAUUACAAACCAAGCAUCAUAUUUCCUACUGUAAAAGAAAUAGCAGAGAACAAUGUUGGUUUCGGUGCAGGUCAAGCGGUGCAUUUUAACGGGAGUCAAUCUUAUAUCCAUAAACGUCAAUAUGAUCAAAACAUCAGACCUUAUUUGCACAAAUGGAACUCAUCAGGAAAAACGACACUAACAGGAAGAGAACUAGUUGUACCACAUUGUAAGUUCUACAUGUGUGAUAAUGGUGAUAAUUGGGCAACACUUAAAUGGGUCUUAGUUGGCAGUCAUAAUUUGUCCAAACAAGCUUGGGGAGGAUUUAAUAAGGGGAAUGAGUCGAAAUAUCUGGUUUCAAGUUAUGAACUAGGAGUAUUGGUAUUCCCUGAUGCUGACGAUAGAUUAGUUCCAUGCUACAAUUCGGAUACGUUAGAUCUGAGUGAUGAUCAACCGAUAAGAUUACCUUUUAAAUUACCUCCGGUAGCAUACGAUAAAACAGAUAAAAUAUGGGAAAAUCGAAAUAGUCACGGCACUUUACGAGAUAAAUUCGGACAGACUUAUAAUUUAGAUUAA